UUCAAAGCAAUGUCAAUCAUUCAGCAGUGGGAGGAUUCAGGAAAAGAUGGCUACCUUGUCUGUUGGCGAGCCUCAAGAAAUGGAAGUUGACAGAAGGGGAGAGUCAGAGGAAUCUGGUGAUGAUGAGACUAAGAGAAAGAGCAUCAAUGGAGAAGUUUGCCCUCCCCAACCAUCAACAGAUAAAGAGGAGUCUCCUGUGGAUAUGGACACAAUAACCCUUGAUCCAGAAGAGGAGGAUGUAGAUCUAGUCCAUUGUCGAAUUGGCAAGAUUGAAGGGUUAGAGGUGUUACAGAAAGCAAAGACACUUUCUCUCAGACAGAACCUCAUCAAGUGCAUUGAGAAUCUUGACAGCCUGGUGUCCUUACGGGAGCUGGACCUUUAUGACAACCAGGUCCGCAAAUUGGAGAACCUUGAUGCACUCACUGAACUGGAGCAGUUGGAUGUGUCCUUCAAUACACUGAGAAAAAUUGAGGGUUUGGAGAGGCUCAGUAAGAUCACCAAGCUCUUCCUGCUUCACAACAAGAUCAACUCCAUUGCCAACCUUGAUAACCUAAACAACCUGGAAAUGCUGGAGCUUGGGUCCAAUCGCAUUCGAGUAAUAGAGAAUCUGGAUUCGCUGUCAUCUCUGCAAAGUUUGUUUCUCGGAACAAAUAAAAUCACCCAGUUACAAAACCUUGACGGCCUACAUAAUCUCACCGUCCUCAGCAUUCAGAGCAAUCGGAUCACAAAAAUGGAAGGUUUGCAGUGUUUAGAGAACUUAAAGGAGCUGUAUUUGAGUCACAAUGGAAUUGAAGUUAUAGAGGGAUUGGAAAACAAUAAAAAGCUGACAACUCUGGACAUUGCUGCCAACCGGAUUAAAAAAAUUGAAAAUAUCAGUCACCUGACAGAAAUGCAGGAGUUCUGGAUGAAUGAUAAUCAAAUAGAAAACUGGUCCGAUCUUGAUGAGCUGAAGAACGCCAAAGGAUUGGAGACAGUUUAUCUGGAGAGGAACCCACUUCAAAAGGACCCUCAGUACAGACGCAAGAUCAUGUUGGCCUUGCCCAGCGUUAGGCAAAUCGAUGCCACCUUCAUCCGCUUUUGACCCACCCCCGACCCCACCCCCAACAGAUGAUGUGCAGCUUGCCUCCCGAUGCCAGUCUUGCUUCCUGCCUCGUCCCCAUGUGCACUACGUCUGAUACGCACUCCCAUUCUAAUGGUCACUCACAUAUACACCUUUACCUCCCUUCACUUAAUCACACCUAAUCCCCGCCACCACCUUCUUUAUCUCGGGCAACACACAAACCCACGCAAGGUGCACACAGAGACUGUAGUCUUCGCCCAUGCUUUUUUGUGUGCUUUUGUUCAUCAGCUUUUUCUGCUUCCUUCUUAAUAUCUGCACUGAGAAUCGUGGAGAGGGUGGUGUAGGAGGGGCUGGCUUUGCUGCUGCCUCAAAGCUUGUGAUGUGAAACCAUACCUGUGCAUGUACAUAUGGGAAUGGUGCUGUAGCAUUCCACCCACAUCCCUCUCUCCCUCUCACCUUGGAGCACAAAAUGAGUGUGAUGUAAAGAUUUCUAGUGCUCACUCUGAUGAGGGUCAUUUUGUUAUUAUUUUUUUUUUCUUUUAAUGCUGUUUUCUAAAUGUGUCUAGCAGAUAUCCAUCAGAUUUAAAAAUAACUUAAGACAAUGAUUUGUCAAGACCUCAAAUUUAUUGAUUUUAUUUUAGCCCCAUACUCCCAAGUUGGAUCUUCCCAAUAGCAAACACUACAGUGACAAAGUGCUUUGUAUUUUCUGUACAGCUGCUUUUUGCAUUCUGUAAAACGUUGCUAAAUUUGCAUUAAAAGGGUUGUUAUGGUGACAACAUAAAACACCUUCCUAAGCAGACACCUACACCACUGACAAAAUACAAUGCUGUGGCCAUUAACUGUAUGUGGCACCACAAGGUAAUUUUGUUGAAGUAAUUUUCUUUGGUAGUACCUGAAUGGCAAUGCACUUUGUUUUCACUGACUAACAGACUGUCCACAAUAAUAACAAUAAUAAUGAUAAUAUUUGGUGUGACUAAGGGGUGUGUCCAUAUCAUUGUGCAGCAUUUUUGCAUAGGUGAAACCUUCUGGUCAGUUCUGGGCACUGCCCUAGGAACUGCAAGUAAGGAUUCACUGUCACAGAGUGGCUCAGGUAAUAAGUAUUAACUUAGCAGGUGAACUUAUGGAAUUGGCAGGAAUGAUGUCCAGUGUUGGUAUGUGCUGUCUCUAAUACUCAGUGGUAGAGUUUAGGGUAAGGAAAGGUUUUGGGAAGUACUGUUCUGCUGGUACUUUCUGGGAGAGAGCUGCUUAACAGGAAUAUGAUGAACAAUGCAUUGGGACUAAUUUUUAUUUGCUUGUUUAUUUUUGUUUUGGUUUUACAAGUGCUUGGUUCACUCUUUUGAACUGAAUGUAUUAUUAAAGAAACAGAUUAAACAAUGAAGUUCAUUUGAA